AUGCACGAUCAUGUUCCUCCUCAUGCCUCCUCUCAUCCUAAUCUGUCAGACGCGCUGUUGGAUCGUCCCCCUGCCCUCAUCAGCCGUUCAUUAACAGCCUGCACUGCGGUCUUCCUCCACCACCUGGAGCACUCGUUCACCAGCAUGCAGGCGGCAGCUGAUCCCGACGCUGCUGUAGACGGUGGUGGCAGCAGCACCGCAGACGUACACGGCAGAAACGGGGCAGGGGAGAGGAUGGAGAGGACGGUGCCAAGCGAGCAGCAGGACAGAAAUGACACCCACCCGCAGCAGCAGCAUCAAACGUCCUUUACGCCGUCCGGCGUGCUCGAUAAAUUGUUUGGGAAACGACUUCUGCUGGCCCGACACUAUAUCAUGUCUCGCAAGUCCUGGUUAAAGAUGGUUCCCACCAAAAACUGUGAUAUCCUGAUGACAUUUCCAGAUACAAUAGACGACCAUACUCUGCUGUGGCUCCUGAAUCAGAUUCGUGUUGGAAUCCCACAAGUCAGCAUCCAGAUCCGACAGCAUAAACACACCCAGGCUCACGCGUUCUUCAUCACCACCACGUUCAAGAAAAAAUGGAGAAGACUCUCGCGCCUCGGCCGCUUGGCAGGGGUGCUGCUCUCGCCCUCAUCUUCCUCAUCAUGUGACAGAGGAGGGUGCCACAGACGUGGAAGGGCUCUCCUCACAGGAUGA